AUGAUGUGGCGAGCUGGUAUUGUUGUGAUCGUUUACAUUACUGUUGCAUUACAACAAUCGUUUGCAGAUUCUAAAGAUGGAGUUGAAAACGGACUACUUCUACAGCGACUGAAACGUUCCCCUUAUGGUAAAUGUGAUCCUCAACCGCCUCCACCUCCCCCCCAUCUACGUCCACAGCCUCCUCCGCCACCCGUACAUGCCCCGCCCCCUCCACCUCCCCCUAAUCUUCAUCCACAGCCUCCUCCGCCACCUCCACAUGCCCCGCCCCCUCCACCUCCACGAGUCCCGCCACCACCCUCACCAAGGUGGGAACGUAACCAACAGCUUCCAAACAGCGGAUGCAGUACUUGCAGCCGAAGCGACAGCUCAGCCAUCAGCAAUGCGAAAAGUGGGUCUGGUGAUGCCAUAGCUGUUGCCAUAGCUAAGGCUAGUGGCUAA